UUGUAAAUGACUAGAUAAGAUGUUCUUUAUUAAUCCUAGUGGGAAAUGUUGGUGUCACAGCAGUACCUGACAGUAAUUGAAAAUAAAUUUUAAAUUAUAAUAUGGGCGAGAACUACAAAAAAUAUUAAGAAAAAGUUAUUUAUCUAUAGACAAGGAGUGUCCAGUGGUGUCGUUUGACCUCUUAAGACCAGUAGUUUCAUCAUAUUCAGGAAAUCGCUUGUGUUUGAGUUUUGCUUGUUGUUAGCAUCAGACCAACUUUUACUUUAUAAGGAACGAUCAUGUGAGAUGAUCUUCUGUGGAAACCACACGAAACCAAUAAUGUAGUGAUGUCACGGAAGGCCCCCUUUCACACGGGUGUUCAAAGACCUGAAGUCAGAGAGGAAGUGGUGCAGAAGGCAGGCAGCAGGCAUUGUCAAGUGCUACAACCAUGGCGACAACUACCCUCCAGCUUACCAUCCUGAUGUUAUUCACAAACUCUUGUCGGGCCGCGUGGGAGAGCGUGACCUUGAUGAAGGGCAGCACGUUGACCCUGAGCUGUCCCCUGGACAACGCCAACAGUGCGGAGUGGCAGAACCCCCAUGGCAUCAUGUUCUUCAAACACGACAAAGGUUUAGGUAUAAAGGACAGGCGCUUCAGAAUAGAAAAGCUGUCCAGCAAAUGGUUCGAUAUCAGCGUGUCUGACGUCACCUUUAAAGAUGGCGGCGACUACAGAUGCACUCUGUACGGCAGUGUGGUCACGACGAAGGUUUUUAGAGUGACAGUGCUCGGUCCAGUGCAGCUUUUUAAGAUCAAAACGGGAAUCGUUAAAUGCAGCGCAGGGGCAAGCAAUCUUCCUCCGAAUAUCUUCUGGCAAAUAGGUGAUGCGAUCCAAAUUCAUGCAAAGCCACACUACACAUAUAAAAACCAUUCAGGGAAACACAACUCUGAGGAAUUGUUGAGGUUCAAGGCUCUCAAGACAGACAAACUGUGUUGCAUUGUGAUGCAACCACAUCUAAACACUGAACCUCUGAUGAACUGUGUCAAAGUCAGGGCAACUUCCAAAAGAAACCCUCCAAAAACCACGACCUGGUCACCUACAGAACCUCAAGGAUCAACAGACUUGCAGAGUAUGACAACAACUUGGCCUGAAAAGGACCAGAGCACCGAAGUCACAAUGAAAGCCAUCAACCUGAUCAAGGCUUCACCUGAGGCCACAACUCUUGAGGCCACUGCUAGCAAAACUGUGUCUAUGAGGGAUAUUCCUUCUGCUGUAGACCAAUCCCAAGGGGCGACAGACUCCUGGAGAGGAACAAUUCCAGAGACAGUGGUGUCAACUGGAUGGACUCCCAGCACUAGUGUUGCACAUGUACCAGUCACUGAGUCACCAGAUAAGAACAUAACUGUAUACACAUCCCAUAAUAGUACGGAGGGCAACAGAACCAAAGGUAACUUGGAAGAGAUGGAAAAACGAAGUGGAGAAAAAGCGAAUGGCACAUUGCUCAUAUUCCUUGUCACAUGCCUGAUAGUCGCUCUUUCCGUGGUUGUUCUCUUUCUGGCCAUCAAGCUCAGGAGAGCUCACAUUCACUGGAAGCGAGAAAAUGAAGACUCGGAUCCAUCAAUUGAGAGCAACAAAUCCAAAUCAAGUGACGAGGAGAGAUGGUGGAUGGGUCAAAAGUGCAGAGGGAUUUUCAAUAUUGCCUUCACAAAGUAUGUAACUGAGGAGCCCACAGGUGUUUCCAUUGUAACAACCCCAGAUGCAAUGCCAACCAAAGUGAACCUCCCACCAGUGGAGGCUUCUCCAAGUCAUUUUAGCCCACAUUAUGAUGCUCCGGCCCCUGUUAGGGAGACAGAGCUAUAGUUGAUCACUUCAUUGCUUCCUUUUUAAAUACUUUUUUUAAUGUUAAUGUUUUUAUGAUUGUUUGAUGAUGUUUUUUUAUUCAAAUUUGCAUUAAAGUAUAAUUCCGGUGUAAAAUGAAUUUGGGAUAUGUUUUGUAUGAUAACGAGUUGAAACGUUCGUUUUGGAGCACAAAAACCGCAUAAAGUGACGCUUUCUUCAGUUGGCUGUUUUUAGCCGAUUCUAUCAAAACACUAUAAACUUGGAACAAUGGGGCCACUGGUUAUCGUAAAAACUAAAUCGCUAUUUUUCACCACUUAAAAGGCUAAAAGUAGCCCAACACUUCUUUGGUAGUAUAAUAAGCGUCUUAACAUAUAAAACGGGGCAUUGAGAACUUUGUAAGUGUAAAGAUUGUUUAUUAAAAAGGACAUUUUAUAAUUUCUGGUUACUUUUAGCCUUUUAAGUGGUUUAAAACAGCGAUUUCGUUUUUACCAUAACCAGUGCCCCCAUCGUUCCAAGUUUAUAGCGUUUUGAUAGAAUCGGCUAAAAACAGCCAACUGAAGAAAGCGUCUAUAUGCUCCAAAACGAACGUUUCAACUCGUUAUCAUACAAAACAUAUCCCAAAUCCAUUUGACACCGGAAUUACCCUUUAAUAAACGGUCAGAUUUGUACAUUAUAUAUUUUUGGUCAAUGCUCAUAUGUAAAUAAAUAUUUGUUAAUGUUUUACUCCCUUUUCUGAAAUGAAUAAUUUCCAUGUGCCAUCAUGCUACCUUUACAAUUAUCUUGGCUCUUGACACCAGUAACCUCUCGAUGAGAAUGCUGUUCAUUGGGCUCAGCAUUUAACACCAUCAUCUCCCAUCCAAGCCACAUACUGUUUCACCUCCUCCCGCCUGGGAGGCGCUGCAGCAGGACUCACCGUUCUCAGAGUAGGCCUAUCCUAGCCUGGGUAUACCCCGUUAUUUUUCCCGCGCGAUUUCAUUCAAUGUAGAUUGAGAUGGAGGUCUGGCGUUAGCCAGGCUAGGAGUAGCCUACUCUAGUCUGGCUAUUGCCAGACCAAGCGCAAUUGUAGAUUGUACGUUGGUCUCAUGGACCUAUUAAAGAAGGUUGGUCUGGGGAAGCUGCCUUCAUUUUCUUCAGCAGCACAAGAGGCAUGUUCAACGGGCCUAGUUCUCCAACUGACUCUGUACCGAUUGGUUGCUUGCCGUCGCUUCCCUGUCGUCAUUGUGUUAAACCAGCUAAUAGCGCGACAAGGGGAAAAGCCAGCUUGGUGAUUGGCCCCCCGCAAAAACGUAUCGGAAGCAGAAAGAAAUGUAUUUCUCAUCGCUAGUCCCUUGUAGCCUGUUCUUA